AUGUCCACCCUACCGCAAGUGGGAAACUCCCGAAGCGAAUCGCGGGCGCUUACAACACCCAUAGUGCGCAGCAACCUCAAACUGGAUAUCUAUGAUGUAAUUGAGUCACCGCAGAAGCCUCCGCAGUCUGCUCAGGCUGUCCGUAGCUCAGGCUUUAAGGGUCCCGAGGCGCGAAAGCGAACUCGACAGGGCGACCAAGAAGAAGUACCUACUCCUAUCUCUCCAAAACGCAUGCGAAAGGAUAACGCUGGCGAUGUGAAUCUGCCAAAGGAGACUGCUGGCCGCAGGACGCGCCAAACAGCGGGUAUGGCAUCUAGCAAGAACAAUGCCGUGGCAAUGAACGCUGGCACCCGCAGAAUGACGAAGAGUACUGCAAAGGACGCAGUAGCAGAACCUGACAACGGAGAAUUGCAGCAGGGAACAAAACACGCCCGGCCAGGUCAGCAUAACUAUCUAAAGCAUCCGCAAAAUGGUCGAAAGGAGGGCCAAGGUCCGCAAGAGCCAACCCACGCUGUGCCGGACCAAGUUACUCCGAAAAUCCGCAAACGAGGCCGGCCGAAGAGAAUAUCUCAGCUAGCUGACAUGAGAGGCGCCACCAUGCAAGAGAGCACAGAGGACGCGGCUAACGUCCACGCGGAAGAACCUGAGCGGGAUGGCCCACAAGAUGUCCUUGAGAGCGCUCAGCCAGCGAUGCCGGUGGACGUUAGCGGAAGACCCGCACAUCGUCAGUCGCCGCAGGUUAUAGUUACGAAGGAAGUUUUGCGAUCAGCUGCCGAGGAACCCAAUAAAUCCAAGCAAGCCAUUGCGGGAGCAAGUCCGCGAAGCGAUCCGCACGAUGAUGCAUGGUUGCCUUCUCCACAGAAUCAGAGCGCCGAAGCUGUUCGGCAGCAGCAACAACGCCAGGCCGAAUCUCCUAAAGAUCGAGGCCAAAAUCAAAAAACCAAGCCUACUCAGGAUAGCAGUAGGUAUCUCAGUAAGAGACUGCGCGAAGAGGACCGUCUAGGGAACGAUGAGUUCGAACACACUGUUGAAGAUAAACAAGUUUUGGGGCAGAAAGAUACAUUGAUGGAGAUCUUUGAGGGACUCAAGGCCAUCGGGGUUCAGAAGCGAGACGGCAAGAACCAUCGGCAUCACUUUGACUUGCUCACCGAAACUGGCGAAGCGGUUGCAGCUGCUUGUCAGAAAGCGAAAGACUGCUACGUAAAGCUUGCACAGACAGAAAGUGGCAACGGGAAGUUGCGCAGCAGGCUUGAUGAGGCGGUGGGCGAGGUAUACAUGCACACUGAAGCACUGAAUGCGGACACUACUGAAGAGGACUCGGACGACCUUGUUCUCGAUGUAUACGCCCUAAUAUUUCACGUCUUGGUCAGCCUGCUGCGGAGGGCGAUACUGUCCCACGUACAUGUUUCCACAAUCAGCAGUGGAAGCGGAGCACUACCUGCGCCAGCUUUGGAGGAGAUCGUCUGUCUUCUGGAUCUCAUUGGGGAUCUCGACUUACGGGCCAAAGAAUGGAAAUCCAAGCCUCACAAUGACUACUGUGUUGUUAGGUCUGUGCGUAAUGGUAUCGUCGUACCCGUGCGGAAGGUCAGCGAAGCCUUCUCAAAGUACCAGCAAAAACGCGAGGAAGAAGCAAGAAGGCGCAAGCGUCAAGCGCUCAAGCAGGAGCAGAUGCGACGGCGAGAAGAGCAAGAGGCCCUAGAGGAGGAAGAAGACAGGCGCCUUGCUGAACAGGAAGCGCAAUGGGACGAACUCAUCAUUACGCGGUUGCUCCUGGAAACAGAUCCGCGACGCUGUCGAAGCUAUCAUCUUGUGAAGUAUGACCGGGAGGUUACCGAUUGGGGUAUUGAUGCCAACGGCGAGCCGUUCGAGCGGGAAGACAUGUUUUCUGCUAGACACACUGACGAACGUCCACUCUACAACCCGGAGGCUUGUCAGGAGUGGCCCGACGAGCAUAUCGACGCGCUGAUGGAAGAGCUUGAGAAGGUUUCGAAGACAUGCAAAGGUACUGUGUUCUCCCUGUUCCAUUCAAGACAGAAGCCGCAGCAGCUAACACAGUAA